GACAAUAAAAAAAAAAAAAACAACAUUUUCGUUUAAUUCUCGUACAGUCUUCUCGGUGUGACUCGUGUCAAGUUGGAAAUAUCGGUUUUCGGUGAGUCGCGAUUGAAACUGUAACGGGUGGAGAACAGGUGCUCGAGAGAGAGAGAGAGGUGACAACGUGGGACAUAUACACAAAAGGAACUGGAGUGCAACCAGGAUGGAUACCUGAAAAUUUAUGAGACUUUCAGAGAGUAAACUGCGAGCGGCGAUGAUUCCCGGACAAAUUCCUUCAUCGAACACCUGUGUCCCACAUUCGGAUUCCACGUUCGACGCGCCACGGCGAAGUUAGAAAUCCGAGGGAAAUCAACGUUGGACGAGGAGGAAAAGGGGAUCGAUAAUGAAAUUAUGGAUUUCCGUCAAGAUCUGCCUGUUCAUUCUCUUCACAUUCACCUUCACCCUCUACAUCCUGUCCUUCUACUUCAACUACAGGAUCUACGAUAUCCUGCAGUUCAGACGGAUCAUCGCGGGCGAUCUACGUGUUACCAAUUUCACGAAGAAGAUUCUCUUUUGGAACACGAUGUUCGGCGACGAGACGUUCUACAUGGGCACAGGCGAUAUUUUCCAGCAUUGUCCGGUGAACGAUUGUUACGCGACACACGACAGAUAUUACACGGAUAUGGAGGAUUUCGACGCUGUGCUGUUCCACGGGAACGAGCUCGAGGCGUCCGAUCUGCCGAGCAUCAGGAGUCCUCGGCAGUGGUACGUUUUCGUGAACCUGGAAAGUCCGGCCAACAGGCCACUGACCAGCCACAUUUACGAGGAUUUCUUUAAUCUCACGAUGACGUACAGAUUGGACAGCGACGUCGUCUGGACCUAUGGCGUAGUCAAGGACGCGCACACUGGAGAGGUCGUGGCGCCCAGCAAGAAUGUCGAUUGGAGCGCGUACAAUCGGUCAGGUGAACGCAGCGGUAUUCUAGAGAAGGACGCUGCGUUGUCGAAGACGAUUCGAGGGAAGACGAAGCCGAUAGUUUGGUUCGUGAGCAAUUGCGUGGCGAAAAGUGGCCGCGAGAGUUACGUGAACAGGCUGUCCAGGUACAUACCGGUGGACAUUUACGGGAAAUGCGGUAACAUGAGCUGCCCCCAGACCAAAGACUGCUUCCGCGAGGUCGUCGAGCCUCGCUAUUUUUUCUACCUGUCGUUCGAGAACUCGUUGUGCGUCGAUUACGCAACGGAGAAGCUGUACAAUGCGCUCAGGUACAACGUGGUACCGAUCGUCUUCGGUGGAGCCAAUUACAACCGUUUCGCGCCACCGGGAUCCUACAUCCACGUGUUAGACUACGAAACGCCCAAACACCUGGCCGAGUAUUUGAAGAGGCUGAUGAAGAAUCCGGGCGCGUACAGUGAGUACUUCACCUGGAAGAAGCGGUACAAGAUCGAGAACGCGACGCGAUACGCGGCUUGCAAUCUCUGCGAGUUCCUUCACAAAAGGAAACAACAACGAACGUACAAUUCCCUGUCCGAUUGGUACUCCGCGAACGUCCACUGCACGAUUUUCUAACGUCGCUAGAAUACACGCGAACA